AAGCGUCUACAGGAAGUUUAUCCCAGCCGUGUAUAAAGACACUUCCUGUACUCCUCUUGAAAGAAACAUAUUUUGAAACAUUCAUGGCUUGAGAUUACACAAAGAUUUACGAAGCAAAUUAAAAUCAGCCCAAGAUGAACUACGUACCAGGGACAGCAAGCCUCAUUGACGACAUCGACAAGAAGCACCUGGUGCUGCUCCGAGAUGGCAGAACACUUAUCGGUUACCUCAGAAGCAUUGAUCAGUUUGCCAAUUUAGUUUUUCAUCAGACAGUUGAGCGCAUCCACGUGGGGAAAAAAUUUGGAGACAUUCCCAGAGGAAUAUUCAUAGUGAGAGGAGAGAAUGUGGUGCUGCUCGGAGAGAUAGAUGUGGACAAACCCUGUGACACAGUCCUGCAGCAGGUCUCCAUCGAAGAGAUUCUGGAGGAGCAGCGGUUGCAGCAGCAAGCCAAACAGGAGACGGAGAAAGUCAAAAUGCAGGCCCUGAAGGACCGAGGCCUUUCCAUCCCAAAAGCUGACAACUUAGACGAAUACUAACAUUGAUUCCACGAGCCUCUUUCUCAGUUUAUAUCGGACUGAUAAGUUUUAUGUUGCAUUUGAUUUUGAGAGAGCAUGAGUGUGUGUUUUUUUUAAUGAGUACAAGGCUGCAUCAUGUUGGGCCUGUACACUGCAGUGUACUGUAUGGAUUUCAUUUGAAUUAUGUGGAGGAAAAAAUGUGAUAUCUGCUCUCUGAUCUACAGAUCCUCAAAGCAAAACUAAAGAUCAUCAUGUGUUUAUGUAAAAUCACUCUGUUGGCAAUUUAGCAAUUAUUUUACAACAGCAGCACUUUCUAUUUUGUCAGUGAUAUGUUGAGCCUGUUUAUUUGGAGAUACUGUGCUAUUGACAAAAAACUACAUGCUAUGCUCCAUUAAAGAGUUUAGUUUUUCAUUA